AUGGAACUGGCGAAUUCUUUAAGUCAAGAGGGCAGGCCCAAAGGAGGUGUUCUCGCUCACUUGGAAAGACUAGAGACUAAAUCCCGUAAAAAAUUUGAAGAGUCACAGGGAGCGGAGAGUGAUCUUGGAAGCAAGAUUCGUAAGCUGAGGAGUCUGCGAGACAAACUCAAGGCGGAAGUGCAACGACGGCAAGCCAGAGCAGAAGCCAGUGUAGAACCUGACCAAACAUUUGAGGUCAGUGAGCAGGAAGUUUUGGAAACAAAGCUUGAAAAUGUGAAAUCCAUUCUGCAAGCAUAUCGUUUUACAGGGCUCAGUGGGAAGCUGACCAGCCGAGGAGUCUGUGUUUCCAUCAGCACUGCUUUUGAGGGGAACCUGCUGGAUUCCUAUUUUGUGGAUAUUGUCAUACAGAAGCCACUUCGGAUACAUCACCAUUCGAUUCCAGUCUUCAUUCCCCUAGAGGAGAUCGCUGCAAAACACCUACAGACCAACAUUCAGCACUUCCUGUUCAGUCUCUGCGAAUACUUGAAUGCUUACUCUGGAAGGAAGUAUCAAGCAGAUGGACUUCAGAAGGACUUUGCAGCCUUUCUGGCUGGGCCCUUGCAGAGAAACUCACUGUGCAACCUGCUAUCAUUUACUUACAAAGCGGAGCUAAGUGGCCAGUCCUUCCCAUUUUGUGCUAGACUGCUAUAUAAGGACAUCACAAGAACCCUCCCAACUGACGUCACUGUUACUUAUCAAGGAAUGGAUGCGUUGUCCACCUCAUGGGAAGAGCAGCGAGCUUCCCAUGAAAACUUGUUCUGUACAAAGCCCCUGCAUCACGUGUUUGCUUCAUUUGCAAGAAGAGAAGAGAAGUUGGAUAUGAACCUGGUCUACUAG